AUGGCUUCGAACGCACCCGGGCCUUGCUGCGUGGUCGGAGUAAAGCAUGAAGGAGAUCCCAAGGGGACAUAUAAGAACAUCGGAAAUGUCGAGACUUACAUCGCAUACCCUCCUAGCCAAUCCACCGAGCGGGCCAUUCUCAUGCUAACCGACGUGAUCGGCCACCGUUUCAUCAAUGCCCAGUUGAUAGCGGACCAGUUCGCUGCCAACGGGUAUCUAGUGGUCGUGCCUGACCUGUUCCACGGAGACCCGGUGCAGCUCAACAGGCCCGAUGGGUUCGAUAUCAUGAAAUGGCUCCAGGGUCCGCCGGGACACCUCCCCAACCGGGUUGACCCUGUCGUGCAGUCCGUCAUAGACGAGAUGAGAACCAAGAUGGGAUGUCGGAAGAUCGGGGCUGUAGGAUACUGCUUUGGGGUACGUACGCCCAUGGACUGGGGGAAGCGCUUCAUCGCGUAUUCCAUUCUACACGUAAUGCUAACUCGGCCACCGCAGGCGAAAUACGUUGUACGUUUCCUGCAUUCCGGCCUUUUGGAUGCGGGCUACGUUGCGCAUCCUAGCUUUGUUGAGGCGGAUGAGUUGAGGAAGAUAGAAGGCCCGUUGUCAAUCGCUGCAGCUGAGACCGACUCCAUAUUCCCGGCCCCAAAGCGCCACGAGUCAGAAAAAAUUCUCUCGGAGGUUGGCCAGCCGUAUCAGAUCAACCUGUUCAGUGGUGUCGAGCAUGGCUUUGCGGUUCGUGCCGAUAUUUCGAAGCCGCACCUUAAGUUUGCGAAGGAGAACGCCUUCAUCCAGGCUGUUACAUGGCUGAAUCAGUACUUGGUUUAG